GGGGAUUUCCGACGAGCAAUCUUAGAAAAGGAGAGGUGGUAAAAAGUUCCUUACAGCUAUGGCUAAGCUCAUUUAUGCGUACUAACUUAAUUAUUUGUUUCUCUGACACUGACUCCGAUGUUUUUUGCGACUUCUAAUUGUGAUUCCCGAUGCAAAUUUAUUUCAAGCGCAUCUCUCAUGAUUCUCUACGCUACCAACGAGAAGAUUGCAUGCUUGUCCGCCAAAUCAACGUCAAGCAUGAUGCGCCUUGCAUAGCGAUUCGUCGAACGGGAAUAGCGCAAGCAGUUGCCAGGUGAAGAGCGAUCAUUUGAUGAGAAACCAGCGGAGUGGAGUGCGGCUGUUCGAAGAGUUUCUCCGCGGCUAUUCGAAUAGUAAAUAGUUUUCUCCGCAGCGAUAAUUAACACUCGUUCAUCGUGGAUCACGAUCGCGGAUCUCCCAAUCUCAUAAUCGGUGCUCUACGCCGUCCCCUGCAGGCUGCUUGGCCUCGUCUUUGUGUCUCUGUAGAGAUUCCGCGGUACGAUUGAAGCCACAGCACGUCGAUGGACUGUUCCUGAAUCACUCCUUGCUGCUCGCCGCCUAGAUUUUCAUCCGGAUACAACUUGUUAGCCACAAUUUUUGACGGCGUUCCUCUAGGCGACUUUGAAAAGGUGUAUUGUGGAAGAGAUCUUACCUGCUUCGCGACGACGUGCGCUUCGAGAAGCCCUAGGCCAUGCCUGCUGCAGCCUCCUCGGUAUCUAAAAGAUCUUGUUCUUUUUAGUGUUGAACUUACUUGAAAAGUACACUAUAAUUUAGCAGAGUGUGCGUUGAAUUUCCCCAGGAGGUACGAAAAUACAGAUCCACUGCCUCAAUACUUCCAACAAACCUCAUACUUCUUGUACACACGACUUCCAAACAGCACUCGUCCACUGCCAUGGCGGAGUCAAGACAGCAGGAUCAGUAUGACUACCUUUUCAAGUUCAUAGUCAUCGGCGAUGCAGGCGCGGGAAAGAGCUGUCUGCUACACCAAUUUAUCGAGGGGAAGUUCAAAAAGUCGUCAAGUCAUACAAUAGGUGUGGAAUUCGGCUCAAAGAUAAUACAGGUAUAAUGAAGAUUCGCGUUAUGUUUAGAUAGUGGAAGUGUUAUCUCUUUUGUAUUUGUACCCAGAGUUGCCAACGAGGUAGUUCGCAUUGCAGGCGGCCGCCCGUAGAGUACUAAAUAAAGAUGGAGUAUUGAUUGAUUAUGCGUUCAACUUCUUUUUUUGUUUACAAUAGUAUCUUACACUUGCCCUGCUUUCGAGAAGGUACAAGUCGACUGAAAAGACCUCAACGCCAUUUGAUAGGAUGGAGCAUGAGGUAACAUGACAUGACAUCCACUUCGUCUUCGCUAGCCCAAUGUGCAUCAGGUGGCAAACCGAACAAUAAAAUUGCAAAUAUGGGACACAGCAGGGCAAGAACGAUAUCGAUCAGUCACGCGAAGUUAUUACAGAGGAGCUGCAGGGGCGCUCAUUGUACUGACUACCUCACAAAUAUAGCUGUAAUGGCAAAUGCGACGAUGAAGCAAAAGCCGCGCCUUUUAAAGUCAUUGACUUGAAUAAUUGCAUCCUAAUAUCGCAAUGCGCAUUUUCGCAACGAAACUUUCACUUCAAACGCAGGUUUACGACAUUACGAACAGGGAGACGUAUCAGCAUCUGAUGAAUUGGUUAGCAGAUGCGCGAACGCUCGCAAGAGCAGAUAUAUCAAUAAUUGCAGUGGGCAAUAAGUGCGAUAUGAAAGACAGGCGGGCAGUCACUUGUAUUGUUCUUUGUGUUGAUAGCACUAGUUUGUAAUAUGUACUUCACUUUGAUGGCUUCAUCUUUCUCUUUGAUCGCUUGAUGAAUCCCCAUAAGGAGAAAGUGGAAGAGGAGUUUUCAUUUCUACACAAGAAAGUGGAAGAACUUUCAUAUUGAUUGGUCACCUAUUUCUAUCACACAAACCAGAUCUUGAAGCGAGUAGGUGUGCGCAGGAGAACGAUAUCCUUUUCCUAGAAACGAGUGCGUUGACCGGCGAAGGAGUCGAGGACGUCUUUAUCAAAGUAUAUAUUCUAUUUUAUCACAAAUUUUACCCCGCAUACGAAGAUAAAUGGUGCGAACGACUGUCAAGUAGAACAGGCUUUUAGCGAGUGACGUGAAAGAAUUCUAUUUUUUGCUUUGCUUCGUUUUUCUUACCACACUUUUAGUUUGUUUUUCCGACUGAAACUUGAGGUCGCCAAGCAGAUAUUGAACAAAAUUGAGGACGGAUUGAUUGAUCCGAAUACUAUGGUGUCCGGAAUCCACGCAGGGAAGAGUCUUAAUUCCAGUGCGCCUGCCAACGGCGCACAGGCCGCCACCGGAGAUGUCAGCACAAAAUGUAGCUGCUAA